AUUCCACCUCGAGCCGGCGGAUCCGUUUGGACGUGUCUGUAGCAGAGUACUAGCGGAGGAUUGACGAAGAGAGGGCGAAAGGUGAUUCAGAAGAGCGAAGCGACAACUUCCGCAUCUCGUAAGAUGACGCACAACUGGGCGUGGUUGCUGCUCUUAUUCUCGCUGGUCUCGACAGGCAUGUGUAUGCCCGCGAGUCUGAUGGAGGACUUGAAAAAGGCGGACCAGGCUUCCGAAAUUAAACACGAGACCAUGAAACCGAAAUCAAAACGAGCGCAGGAAAUGUUGAUAUUCGGGAAUCAGCAGAAUCAACAGGCGCAACGCCCCGCUACCAGCGAAUCCUUCACGUCAAAGGCGGAGAAACGAAACCUUGACAUCUCGGGACUGGAACGCUUAAAAGCGGCUCUCGCUGGGGACGAUAAAGCAUCUCAGCAAACUAAAUCAGCUAAUAAACCCGUGUUCGGACGCGAGACGUAUUUGCCAUUCGACAGGAAUUACGAUUACGAUAAGGUUCUCAUGAACGAGGUCGAGGAGGAGGCACCGCGUGUGUGGAACGUGCCGCCGUAUUCGCGAUAUUACGCGAGCGAGGAUCGGCGCAAGAGAUCGGAAAAGUCCACCGCGACCGAGCUGUGGCCGAGUACGACGCUGCAGCCUCCGACCAGCUCGUUUCAGCCGAAACGCUUAGCCAGUCUCGCGCCAACCCGGCAACCGGUACAGGCUCAAGUCAAGAGGAGCGCCCCAUAUUAUCAGGAACCGCGAUUCAAGCGAGACUUGACUCUGGACAUCGAUCCGGAGGACUUGAUGGCUCUUCUGUCAUUGUGGGAAAACGAACGGCAACGUGCCUCCAGAAACUGGCGCAGAUACGCCGGCGUUAACAACGACGAAUACGAGAACGGGGACGACGGCGGUUAUCUCGACGAGGAAGCUGCCAGAAACGUUCUUCCGUGGCCGGAGUUCAGGGACGCGCCGAUGUAUUCCCCACGACACUACGACUCGCUGUCGCCCUCCGACAUCGGAAUAAUCCGGACUCAUCCGCCUAGUUAUGACGAGCAGUACGGGGAUCAAACGGAGCAACAGUUCGAGAGAGCCGCUCAUGACACCCCCGUGUAUGGCAAUGUGCGAUACGACUAUCCCUAUCCCCAGCGUGACUAUCCCUAUGACAAGAGAUUUACGACAUCCAAAAAAUGGAUACAGAACUACGAUCCGUAUCUCGCUCAGUUACAAAUGAGCUCUCAACCGCGAGGUUAUUCCCAUCAUAUCUAUUAAAUAAUCCGCGAUUCGAAGCUGAGGUCUGUGUGGGAAAUCUCUCAGAAAAACAAUUCGAAAUAUAGAAAAUCAGCAGUUAGACAUUUCCGAGAGUUGGGCGCUCCUUCAACGAAGCCUCCUUGCCGUCGCUCCUCCUCACAAGCUACUCUCCCCCUUUUCUCGCGGGAGGCGAGAAAUAAGCAGGCGCAACACGCCGCGACGAUAUGUGGAUAUUUCACUCGUUCUGAGAAACACAGUGCUCACAGAAAGAAGCUUUCCUCGAGUCGCAAGAGCCGCGCUGAGAAAUCAGAAAAUGUCAAUUCGCAAAAAACAAAUAUUUUCAAGACUAGAAUUCUCUCAUCGAAAAUACCUCAGAAAAGUAUAUACGAUGACACACGUAUACAAUACAAAUCUAUAUUUAGGAUACACUUUAUCUUGUAAUAAUAAGAACUUGUGUCGGCUCUUGCCGAGUGCGAAUUUUACAAGAUCGAGAAUUUUACGUGUCGAUCAAUCACGGUUUGUAUCGAAAAAGUAUGUCUUCUGCGUUAUUCAAGCACGAGCUUCAUCGAAGAAUCUCGCGAUCAGCUUCGUUCAAGUUCUCUCAACUCGCGAUUGCGAUGAUUAAGAAAAAAAUCAAUAAAAAAAAGACAAAAAAAAAAAAA